UCCGAGGCAGCGGCCGCACCAGCACCGCCGCCAUGGGCAAGUCGUUCGCCAACUUCAUGUGCAAGAAGGACUUCCACCCCGCCUCCAAGUCCAACAUCAAGAAGGUAUGGAUGGCAGAACAGAAAAUAUCAUAUGACAAGAAGAAACAAGAAGAAUUAAUGCAACAGUACCUUAAAGAACAGGAAUCCUAUGAUAACAGAUUGCUUAUGGGUGAUGAGCGUGUGAAGAAUGGUCUGAAUUUCAUGUACGAGGCUCCUCCUGGAGCAAAGAAAGAAGAAGAUAAAGAGCAAGAAGGAGAGACUGAGUACAAAUUUGAAUGGCAAAAAGUUGCCCCUCGAGAAAAGUAUGCUAAGGAUGAUGUGAAUAUCAGAGAUCAGCCAUUUGGUAUCCAGGUGCGGAAUGUGAGAUGUAUUAAGUGCCAUAAAUGGGGUCAUGUAAACACCGAUCGAGAAUGUCCUUUGUUUGGCCUUUCUGGAAUUAAUGCAAGUUCAGUCUCUACUGAUGGUUCAGGGCCAUCAAUGCACCCCUCGGAGCUAAUAGCGGAGAUGAGAAACAGUGGGUUUGCACUGAAACGAAAUGUACUGGGGAGAAACUUGACCGUAAAUGAUCCAUCACAGGAAUUUGUCGCAAGUGAAGGAGACGAUGAUCCAGAAGUUGAAUUUUUAAAAUCACUGUCAACCAAACAAAAACAGAAACUUCUAAGGAAAUUGGAUCGUUUGGAAAAGAAAAAGAAAAAGAAAGACAAAAGGAAGAAAAAGCAGCAAAAGAAAAAAAGUAAAAGUAAACACAAGAAACAUAAGACAAGAUCCUCUUCCUCAUCCUCCAGUGAGACUUCAGGAAGCAGCAGUGAUAGUGAGACUGACAGCAGAGAUAAAGGAGCACAAAAGAAGAUGUAUUCUAAGAAAAGAAAAAAAGACAAGUUUUCAGAGGAUAGCAGCAGCGAUUCAGAAGGAAAGGCGAAGACUAGCAAGGAAAAACUUUAUGAAGAUCUCUCCAGUAGUCACGGUAACAAGGACAAAGAUAGGGAGAAGUAUAGGCUUUUAAAGCAAGAUAGUUCGGCGGAGAACAACAAAUGGAACUCCUGCGAGGGGGAAAGAAAGUCCAAAAGUAGACACCACAGCUCCAGCAAGGGAGAGCCUGAAAGAAAGGAGAGGGAUGGCAGAAGCCCAAGCGCGGAUGAGAGGAGCAGGAGAAGCCCCUGCACAAGCCACAGCAGCAACAGGCAGAGACAAGUGAGAAAAAGUCCAAGUCAAAGCCCUGGUGAAGAACGGCACAGGAGAAAUGAAGCCAGGAGCCCCAGCGCAGAUGUGCACAGGGAGAGGAGAAAAUGUGGAGCGCACUACGGAGACAAGCGCGGGAAAGCGGAGCAUAGAGAGAGCAGCAGGCGCAGCAGAAGCAGGAGCCGGGAGCGGAAAAAAAACAGAUAGUGCGGGGACAGGUGCAAAUAAAAAUGUCUCCAUUUUUGAUGAAUACCUUUAACAAGGGCUCAAUUAUGUAUUGCUGCUCAUUUUCCAACCUCUGUAACUCUCAUUUCCUACAUAAAACCGACAGCGUAAUUUCUAUAAUGUGGGAAUAUUUGUAAAUUAGGUACAAAUGUUACUGUAUUUUUCUUACAGUAUAAAUAUGCUUGUUGGUAAGUAUUUCUUGUAUUCAUGCAGUAAGUCACAGACCAUAGACUUGAUUUUAGUGUUUUAAAAUAUUGCGGAGCAGUAUGUGACGCUCUAGGUUUUGACGAUGAUGAUUUCUGUUUCAGUGUGACUGUGAGGGGACUCAGAGGGUAAUUUGGGAAGAGUCCUGGGAUAUUUCAAAUGAUAACAGAUGUUUGAGAUAGAGCUGGAUAAAAUCACUGCUUCACGUGUCAAAACAUCAGAUGGUAGAGGGCUUUUUUUUUUCCAUCCUGAAACGUUUUUUCCUAAAGUUCCCCAUAAGAGAUCAAUUUCAUGAGUUAAAACAACAGAGAGCCAUAGUUCACAUAAGUGUGUAGCCAACGUUUUUUUGACCUCCUGCGGUGCACAGCUUGGUCAGGGCUAUCUAAACAUCUCGAACCCCUGUUGAUAUAUGUCAGUACAAUGUCGAGUUAUUGUUCAAUAAUCUCUCAAGACAUGAAAAGAAUAUUUAGUGCCUCGACUGUUUAAGGUAUUUCAUUGUUUGUGAUAGAAAGUUACUGUAAAUAUUUGUUCUUUGGU